AUGGCUCAGCAGACAAGUCUAGACACUUUAGCUGUUCCUGAAGCGGAUAAUGCACAUUGUCAAAAUCCAUGGUUAAAUGAAGAUCUUGUGAAGACCCUGAGGGAAAACCUGUUGCAACAUGAAAAGUCCAGGACAUCUAGGAAAUCUUCAUCUGCUUCUCCCCGGCUGUCUCCAGUGAUUUCUCCUCGAAACUCUCCAAGGCUUUUGCGCAGGAUGCUUUUAAAUAGCAAUAUACCAAAACAGCGGCGUUUCACUGUGGCACAUACCUGUUUCGACGUAGACAAUGGUACGUCAUCAGGACGAAGUCCCUUGGAUCCCAUGACAAGCCCUGGAUCAGGGCUAAUUCUUCAGGCAAAUUUUGUCCACAGUCAACGUAGGGAGUCUUUCCUCUACCGGUCAGACAGUGACUAUGACCUUUCUCCAAAGUCCAUGUCCAGGAACUCCUCCAUUGCUAGUGAUAUGUAA